AUGGCCACGGCGGCGCCCGCGCUGCCCACCUUCCUCCGGCUGUGGCCGGCCUCGCCCUUCCUCCUCUCCCCCAGCCCUCACGUCCCCAGUUCAAGGCGCCCCACUCCGUUGCGCCUGAACUCUCUUCGCCCUGCGAGGCCGCUCUUCCCCAUCUCAGCUGUGGAGAAGACCAACGAGGCUGCUGCGGCCGGGGAGGGUGAGCUGGAGGGGAUGCCGCCCGAGUUCUACGACGAGGAGUGGCAGGCCCGUCAGCGGAAGAGGACUAAGGAGUGGCAUGCAUAUCGGCAGAAAGAGGAGGCCGAGGAGGAAAGAAUAACAAAUGAGUACCGAGAGAUAGGCAUGCGCCUGAAAGCUUACCCACAAGAAGAAGUUCGCAAAGCUAGAAUUUUAGUUUCAAGUUUCAUAAGAGCUGGUGAAGAUGUUGAGGAGGAAAUUGAGAAGGUUGCUGAAAGAGGAGAGCUUACUGAACUUGUCCUUAUGGUCAUCUGGAAUCGACUUGAUGUUGCUCGCCGUGAUGAUGAGCGGGAUGCCAUCAGAAGCCUUGAUCUCUUGUAUAGAAGGGUAGAGACAGAGAUUCUAAAGAGUGAAGCAACUCCUGCCAUGAGUUUGCUCAAUGAGCUCCUUAAUCUUCAUGAUGGAGGCGACAAUGAAAAGUGGUUAAAGAAAUGUAGAAAGCGCAUGCUUGAAGUCUUUCCAAGAGAGGACCCAUUCACUGUGGUCUUUCCUGCUGGGUUCAACAUGGAGAAUCAUGAAGGGCGAAUUGAGCUGCCGCCUCAGGAUGACGAACUUCUUCUGAGAGUGGACUUUGUCAGGGAAGUUGAUGAGCUGCUGAAAGAGGUUCAAGCUGAGCAAGACAAGAAAAAGCAACAAAUUGGAUUUGACCCAGAAUCAGUUGCAUAUAUGCUGAAGCAGCAGGAGAAGAUGCAAACCAUACGUCAGGUAGAAUCUCUCCUGGACUUGGCGUCCUCCUUGAAAUGGUGA